UGGUAUUGGGUUGGCGGGAAAACCGGCAGUCCGAGCGCGUUCGACUCGCAGUGCGCAUGCGUCCGCCAUUUUGCGUUGUUAUGGUAACGGAGUGACAAAUAAAAGAUUAAUUGAGUAUUAUUUUGAUAAAAAUAAGUGACUGUGCGCCGUUUGGUGUUUGUUAAUUGUUUUUAAAAUUAUGACGUGAGGCGCGCGCGCUGGUGACGUGAUGAAAGCUUCACUGUUGGCCCUGUUGGGCUUCGCGAUUUUGGACCUUGGACUCGCGCAGGGGCCGGAGAAACGGAGGACUGGAAAUGUAUGCAACACGGACAUCCAAUGUCCGGACAAUGCGUUCUGCAAGCAGAGCAGCUACUGCGUAUGCAAGGAUGGCUUUGUGUACGCGGCUGUGAACAGUACGCAUAAGGGUUGCUUGAAAGAGGCACGCAACGGCGAACCAUGCGUACAGCACAUCCAAUGCCACUCCACCAUGGGCGUGCACUCCGAGUGCGCGGACGGCACCUGCGCGUGCGCAGCCGGCGCUCAUCUCGAUACCGACCGAUGCUACGAAACUGCUGUGGUCGGCGAGCGAUGUGUGGUGGACCAGAAUUGUUACCUUGGUGAACCUGGUCCGGAGCGCCAGGCCUUCUGCGUGCGAGGAUACUGCACGUGCCAGCUGCAGUUCAGCCCGAGGGAUAAUGGGACCAGAUGCGUCCGCGACGCCUUACUGGGCGAGGUGUGCGAGGACAACCUGCAAUGCGCUGGUCCCGGCCUCGAGUGCCGCGGCACUUGCCGGUGUCGGGACAACUGGGUGGCGCAGGGGGACAUCAACGCGUGUGUUGAAUCCGCAAAACAGCUGAACGACGCGUGCCAAUACGACGUGCAGUGCGACGCGUUAUCCGGCGUAGCGGAAGCGCGCUCAGCGGGCGCGGCGCUGUGUCUGGGCGGCGCGUGCGCGUGCGCGUACAGCGCGCGCCCGGUCGGCAACCCCGCGCACUGCUGGCACACGCGCCGCCCCGGCCAGGAGUGCGUGAGGGAUGAGGAAUGUGUGUCUGAAGAGGACGAGCCAGGUUAUUGUCUAGCUGGUAGAUGUACUUGCAAGACCUGUUCGCCAGACGCGAAUGAUUUCGGUGGAGCGAGCACGCUGUCGCGCCCGCCAAUAUACAUCGCCGCCAUCUUGUGCGCCGCCGCCUUGAGACGCUAGCCGCCAUCUUGCGGAGCUGUCAAAUUGACAAUGCAACGUCAUGUUCGGAUACGUGUACUGUAUUUAAUAAAUGGAACGGCUGGCAAUGAAAUAUUAAUACCAGUGUUGGUAGUUAUUAUUGUUUAAAUAUAAAACAAUUGUGAAUUGUUAUUUUUUUUAUAGUGCAAUCAUGUUUUUUUCAUUGGAUCCUUGCGCAAUUAGAAGCUAGUUGUUGAUUAUGGAUGUUGUUAGUUUCAAAGUUUAUUGUAAGUUGUAAAUAAUAUAAAAUGUUGACUAAUGGUUGUUGUUAUGUAUUGUAAGUCGAGAUUAUAACAGUUCUUCCGAUAAUGCAGUAUUUUCGAGUGCAAUUUUACGAUGUUGAAAACAAUAUAAUUAAUCCUGGGUAGAUUAUACCAAAGAGAAUGUACACAAUCGAACGAAGUGUAAAUAAAGUAUUUAUUUUACUGAA